GGUGGCCCGGCCCCCACGGCGGGCGCGGCGGCCGCCCCUCGGCCCGCGCCGGCCUCCGCCGAGGACCAUGGGCGGUGCGCUCCUCCCGGCGCGGGGUGCUGCGCACGGGCGGCGCCGGAGAAGGAUGGAACUGAAAUACGGAUAUACGUUGACUAAGGAGUUGGAAUAAGACUGUGUUCCGCUCUGUGAUAUCUAUAUACCUGGACCAUGAACUUGCUGUUUGGCUUCAUGCUUUAGGAACUUUUGUAGUAACUGUGUGAAGCUGUUGCGAAUCAUGGCAUUCUCUCCAUGGAAGCUGUCUUCUCAGAAACUUGGCUUUUUUCUGGUGACUUUUGGUUUCAUUUGGGGAAUGAUGCUUCUGCAUUUUACUAUUCAGCAGCAAACACAACAUGAAAGCAGUUCAGUCCUGCGUGAGCAAAUUUUGGAUCUCAGCAAAAGAUACAUCAAAGCAUUAGCUGAAGAAAAUAAAAAUGUGGUUGAUGGGCCUUAUGUUGGGACAGUGACAGCAUACGAUCUGAAGAAGACACUUGCUGUCUUGUUGGAUAAUAUCUUGCAGCGCAUUGGGAAGCUAGAGUCCAAGGUGGAAAACCUUGUGCUUAAUGGAACAGGAGCAAACUCUACCAACAAUACUACCACUCCUGCUCCUAGCUUAGGAGCAGUUGAAAAGCUUAAUGUAGCAGGUGGAUCUAUAAAUGGAGCCCAAGAACAGUGUGAAUUGCCUCCUAUGGAUGGUUUUCCUCACUGUGAAGGGAAAUAAAGGUAAUGGAUGAAAGAUAUGUGGCGAUCGGAUCCCUGUUAUGCAAGUUAUGGUGUAGAUGGGUCCACAUGCUCCUUUUUUAUUUACCUCAGUGAGGUUGAAAAUUGGUGUCCUCGUUUACCUUGGAGAGCAAAAAAUCCUAAUGAAGAAACUGAUCAAAAAACAGUGGCUGAAAUUCGUAUCAACUUUGAUAAUCUCUACAAAAUGAUGUCAAGACAUGAGGAAUUCAGGUGGAUGAUGUUACGCAUCAGACGAAUGGCUGAUACCUGGAUUGAAGCGAUUAAAUCACUUGCAGAAAAACAAAGUUUGGAGAAGAGAAAACGAAAAAAGAUUCUUGUUCAUCUGGGGCUCUUGACAAAAGAAUCUGGAUUCAAGAUUGCAGAAAACGCGUUUAGCGGUGGCCCGCUUGGUGAAUUGGUCCAGUGGAGUGAUUUAAUUACAUCUCUCUACUUACUGGGCCAUGAUAUCAGGAUUUCAGCUUCACUGGCAGAGCUCAAGGAGAUUAUGAAGAAGGUUGUAGGUAACAGAUCUGGCUGCCCUACCCAGGGGGAUAAAGUUGUAGAACUCAUUUACAUUGAUAUAGUGGGACUCACGCAGUUUAAGAAAACCCUUGGUCCAUCAUGGGUACAUUACCAGUGCAUGCUAAGAGUUUUGGAUUCCUUUGGAACUGAACCAGAAUUUAACCAUGCCCAUUAUGCCCAGUCUAAAGGCCACAAGACACCAUGGGGAAAGUGGAACCUUAAUCCACAGCAGUUUUAUACAAUGUUCCCUCACACUCCGGAUAACAGCUUCCUGGGGUUUGUGGUAGAGCAGCAUCUGAAUUCCAGUGACAUUAAACACAUUAAUGACAUCAAAAGGCAGAAUCAAUCUCUCGUUUAUGGCAAAGUAGAUCAUUUCUGGAAGGAUAAGAAGGCUUACCUGGACAUCAUCCACACCUAUAUGGAAGUCCAUGGAACUGUUCACGGGACAAGCACCAUUUAUAUUCCUGGCUAUGUAAAAAACCAUGGUAUACUCAGUGGGCGGGAUUUGCAGUUUCUACUGAGAGAAACCAAACUGUUCGUUGGUCUCGGAUUUCCAUAUGAAGGGCCGGCUCCUUUGGAGGCUAUUGCUAAUGGAUGUGCUUUUCUAAAUUUAAGAUUUAAUCCACCAAAAAGUAGCAAAAACACAGAGUUUUUCAAAGGCAAACCUACACUCCGCGAGUUGACAUCUCAGCAUCCUUAUGCUGAAGUUUACAUUGGGAAGCCCCAUGUGUGGACUGUAGACAUCAAUGAUCUUUCUGAAGUUGAGAAGGCUGUGAAGUCAAUUUUGAAUCAAAAGAUUGACCCUUAUUUGCCCUAUGAAUUUACAUGUGAGGGAAUGCUUCAGAGGAUGAAUGCAUUUAUCGAAAGACAGGAUUUUUGUCAUGGGCAAGUGAUGUGGCCCCCAUUAAGUGCCCUUCAAGUAAAAAUUGCUGAUCCUGGAAAAUCCUGUAAACAAGUUUGUCAGGAAAGCCAGCUCAUCUGUGAGCCUUCCUUCUUUCAGCAUCUCAACAAGGACAAAGCUCUGCUUAGGCAUAAUAUCGAAUGUCUCACCAUGGAGUCCGCAAAUGAUAUUCUGGUCCCCUCUUUUGAUGGAAGAAGGAAGCACUGUGUUUUCCAAGGUGACCUCUUAUUGUUCAGCUGUGCCGGAUCCCACCCCACCCACAGAAGAAUCUGCCCGUGCAGAGACUAUAUUAAGGGGCAGGUUGCGCUUUGUAAAGACUGCCUAUAGCAGCAGCAGAGCUUCUUUUGAGUUGAGGACAAAAUGUAAGUAGUUUUGAGAGGAGCUACUUAUUACUUCCUGCACUUUUGUCCAGGUUUUUUUGCUGCAGGCAGAGCUAUCAUUGCUGGGCAGAAUCAUCUACUAAGAGAGGAGGGAUUCAUAACGAACAGCUAACUGAUCUUUUUUUCCUAUAAGAACAUUUGCAGUGCAACUCUUCAGAUUCCUUCAUGUGGUUGCGAAGAGAAAUGAGUUUCAUGUUCUACAGUGAUUUGAAGAAGACUGCACAGAAUAGUUUGUAGAAAAUUCCUAGACCCAUCAAAUUUCUUUUUUGUUGUUGUUGUUUGGGUGAAGUGUUUUCUAUUUUUGUAAUGAGUUAGGCCAUCCCCCAUCAUGAUUAGCUAAAGGAUCUCAACUUCAUUCCAGUAAAAAAUUGAAAAAAGUGUGCUUGAAGGUGGGGGUGCAGGGUGGGAGGACUGAUGUUUUAUUCUAGGUGCACUGGUUUGGGUACUGCUUUCGCAUGAACAGCUAUGAAGUUGUUUACUUCACAUGAACUCGGACUCAUAACUCUGUACCCUGUUAUUGGGUGAGCUGGGCCCAGUUCUUUUUUUUCCUUUUCCUUUUUUUAAUCUUUGUACACAACAAGGCAUUGUCUGCAUCAGAGCUGCUGCAUCAGAGCAGUCUAGCCCGAGAGUAUCAUGAAUGAGCAAACAAGCAGUUGCCAGCGUGUGACAUAUCUCGGUGACUUGACAACUGACUACGGUUGUGGCAUUCCUCAGUGUGGAAAACCUACACAAUCAUACUGCCAUUUUGGGAAUGGACUCGUCACAGUUUACUGGUCCCAUUUAGAGAGUAAUCCUUGGAAUUUGCCCAUGCUUCUGUUAUAGUCUGUCUACUAGAAAUACUGUGUGAAGCAAAAAGUAUUCAGCAUCAUUGGAGCCAUAUUAUUGUUAGAGCCUCAGUCUGCUACGGCUUCCAGUAGUUAAAGUGUUGCUGAAUGACAUAGAAAGGUUAAACUAAGCUAACUAUAAUUAUUGUAUGGUAGAAAUGUAAAAUGUCUUCAUAACUAGCUAGGUUUUAAAGAGAAAUCUUUUCUGAAGAUCAAGUAAGAGGAGACAAACAACUGCUAAGAAAAGCAUUGCUCAGUCUCAUGGGUUCUUUGUUUUUCUGGUUUGGGGGGUGUUUCUGGCUUGUUGGGGGGGGUCCUUUUUUUUUUUUUUUAGCAGGCACACCAGUUACAAAGUUAGAAUAAAGCAAUUCAAGAGUUUGGAAUUCAAAUCAAACUUCAUUUGUUUUAGAGCAGCAAGUUAACUCUUCUAAACUGUCGUGUUUUUAUAGAGGUAAUUUUUGUUACUUUCAGCAGAAGGUGGCAUGCUUGACAGCACCAUUUGUAGUCAGGAAAUGAUAUGCUAAGAUUAGUGAGAAACAAACCUGCAGUGUAUUUUGAAAGAGUCAUAAUCUGCAGGUUUACAAUUUGGACAUGCUUUGACCAUGCAGGAAAACAACUUCAUAUCAGUGUGAAGGGUUUUUCAUAAAGAUCAACAAGCAUUACCAGGUAAUAAUGAAAAGCAUGGAUACUUUGAAUUUGCCUUUCUUGGAUAUAUCUGGUUGGUUCGGAUUUUUCUUGUAACCAGCAUUGAUUACCUGUGUGUGAAUAUCGAUGUAUCUCUUGACCUACCAAAGACCAAGCAAGGGAAAUGCUCUUUCAUUGUGGAUAAAUUCUUCAGACAAGAGAACAGAACAGUAUAUGUAUUUAAAUUUUCAAUUUAAAAGCAUUGAAUUAGCUUUUUCAAGCUUUUCUUUUCCUGCCUCAGCACUCAGUUUCCCCGUUACACCCCGUAACAUUGCUGUGGACUACACAGUAACUUAAUCCUGAGAGACUGUUGAGUAUCCAUAAAGGAUAUGGGGGAGCUGGUGAACAGCAGGGUCACCCGUAACUGAGUUGUGAUGAUGAUAAAAUCUGCUGUAUUUUAGAGUCAUUUUCCAGAAACAGAACAGCUGGGUUCUAUAAUGGGUGGCAAACUUUUUGUAUGAAAAGAAAACAAACAAGUUUGGAAAUCCUUACCGUUACCAUAGCUCAGCAUUUGCUUCAGUCAGCACAAAUGUCAUUUGCACUAGUUUUAAUACCCUGGAAAAGCUGGGGGAGGAGGAUUGGAAAUCAGUCUGAGCAGGUGCAACAAUUCAUUUUGUAUUUAUAUAAAAUACUCCCUGCAUACCUGUGCAUAUUUGUGCAACUGGAACAUCCAGAGUAUCACAGUAUAUAUAUAUAUAUACUUGGUGCUGAAAGUAAAGGCAACAGCAGAACUUGCCUUUUCCAGUUCAGCCUGAGGUUCUUCAGGCAGGAAUUUAGUCUGGAAUGAGAGAGCACCGAAGUACAUUGGGAACAGAGUCGUAGGUGCACACUUAAAGAAUGCAAGACCCUUAGUUUUUGCUGUAGUGUGAUUCUUUGCUGUAAAUACGUAUUUGCUUGUUUCCCCCACACACACACUGUAUGGUCCACAUGGCCUACUGCGUUUUAUUUUGCCUCUAAACUUUUAAAGAUGGGAGGGUUUGGGUAUUCUUAUUUCAAGAUUUUCUAGUCUAGUGCUUUGCUCAGUGCUACAUUUGCCUUUACCACAGCAGGGAGAGUCUGUUGUAAGCUGUUUUUUUCAUGCUGUAGCACUGUUUCUCGUCUACUAAAGUGAAUUACUGUGUACUGGCAAAAAGGAAAUGGCAAGCACCAAUGCCUUUCGCAUUUCAGCCAGGGACAGAGUAUCUAAACUGGCUUCAGAACCAGUUGGGUCUCAUCCUAUUUCCGCUGGAAUCUAUAGAGAAGACUCAUUAAUCUUAAAAAAGAAUCAAGACCUGUAAUUUGAUAGGGCUCUAUUAAUAAUUUUAAACUCUCUUUUCAGAAGAAGUGUUACUUUUCUGAAAGACAGCUUCAGUCUAAAUUUCUGUAAGAGGAGACUAUCCUAUGAGAACUGUAAGCACAUAAACUUUGUAAACAUCACUGGCUAAGCCUGAUACAGCACUCCCCCAUCAUACUGCAGUGUUUGUUCACACAUUGAUAAGCACUCAGGCAUAUCCAUGUGGGACUGUUUAAAAGUCUGAAUGAUUUACUAAACUCUGUAAUAUAUAUCCACAUUUCGGGAUAGAGGGCAGCCUCCUGUCUGAGUUCCAUAACUACUUUCCUUCCAAAUUAAAGAAUAAAGGUGUAGUCCAAUUCUUGCACUUAAGGAUAUUAGAGAUGGGACUGUGCUGCUGUUUUUCAGUUGGACAGUAAAGCUUGCAGCUUCCUUUCCUCAGAAAUCAGGUUCUUGCAUGACUUGCAUUUGAAUAUAUUGAUCAGCGAUUGAGGGGAAAAAAACGUCAAAAGUUAAAUAUAAAACCGUUUUACAAGCUUUUAAACAUAUCUCUCAUAUCAAGACAUUCUUUGUUUUAAAAUUUUGUAUUUUUGUAUGUGACCUGAGUUUUUUUCAAAAAUCUUGUUCCUAAGAGAUUAGAAAACUUGAGAGAAGCAUUUACAUAUUUAUUAAAAUUAACAGAAAAGGCUUGCCUUUGAAAGGUAAAGUUGGUAAAUACACACUGUUUAAAAAUGCCAAUAAAAACCUCAUUUAUUUCAUAUAUGCAAGUUGAUUUGCACAUGUAUAAAUAGAGUUGCUUUUUGCAUUUUUUUGCUUAGUUUCUAUGGUUCUUUUUAUAAUUUAUAGUUGCAGCAGUGUGUUUGCUUGUUUAUAUCAGAUGAUGUUUCUCCUACAAAUAUUUAAUGUUUAUGUGCCUUUUCUUUUACUUUCUUUGGGGUUUGGAUGAGUGUUUGGAAUAUGGAUGCUGUCUGAACAAAUAUAAUGGAACACUAAUGACAGGUAAAAAUAGUGCUUAAUGACUUUACGACUUAGUAAUGUUUUGAAGUAGUGAAGAAAUCUGUUCUGGAAGUAUAAGGUAAGGGUUAAUAAGAUAAAAGAUAGUAUAACUUUAUUAAUUCUUGCUAAAUGUUGCUUCAGCAAGCAGAAGUCCCUUUACUGAGUAUCUGUAAUUUGACAUGAGAGCUCCUGCUGGGAUGGGAUGUCUGUUUAAUGACCAGAGAGCAAGCUAAAGCUGUUACAUUCCCUGAGGAGACACUGCUAACAGAAAACCUCUAGAAACAGCCAUAUCUGAUUUGAUCGGAAGGAAAAUUGAAGAUUCAUAUUAAAGUGCUUGAGGUAUUGGGUUUUUGGAUAAAGACAUGGAAGUGCAUGGGGCGAUUCCUGGUGCUACAAGAAUGCAGUCCUUUUGUGAUUGAUACAGCUCUCAGUGGGGAGAGAACUCUGGAUAUUCAGCUUGUUGCAGAUGUUUUUAAUGCUACUACUUUUCUGCAAGAAGAAUGUUUUGUACAGUAGCUGCUGCUUAGAUUUCAGUUGGAGAUGGCAGAAUCGGGCUGUGGAGAGACCCAGGAUUCAGUGUCUACCGCACUCAGCUCUACUCCCAAUUGACUGUGCCAGCUUUUUAACUUGCUUAGUGAUGAGCAUUCAGAAUUGUUGAGAGUUUCUGUUGGCAUCAGCCACAAAUCAUGUUGUUAGCUGAUGGCUUCUCUCCUCACUUAAUCAUGCUGUACUACUGUCCUUUAUAAUGCUAGUCAAGGUCCUUGGUUUAUCCUUGACAGGAAAGACAUGCCCUUCCCUCUCAAAAGCGAGUGGCCCAUCUAAAUUACAAAGAUGAUUUAUGAGUGUGCAGCACUUCUCAUGUAAACAAAAUCCAAAUUGCUUUCUCAGGAAUUUGUUCUGCUCACGGUGCAUUUCAGGACCAGAUUUUGCUAGUAAAAUAAAUUAAAUGGCAUGAAUCAGGCUGGAUAGAAUCUCAUCCAGGUCUAAUUAACUUCAUGAUUCCCACUGGCUUCAGUGAUAGCAGAACUCCUCCAUUAAUUUUUCUUCAAAUUAAAAAAGCAUCUCUCCCUUUUUAAUACGAAGCACUGUAUCUUACAAGACCAAAUACUUGUAGGUUCUGUUGUGCGCAUACCAGCAGCCAGCUUUGUUUGCUGUUACAGCAUGUGUCAUCUCUGACUAAGUUGAUGUUACUUAUUGUUAAAGUAUCAGGUGAAAACUUGGUUAAACAGCUGUUCAGUCCACAGUUUGGAGUUGGGGGGUGGGUGUUUGUUGUUUGUUUGUGGUAUUUGUUGUUUUGUUGUUUGAUUAUUUUUAAAGAGCCUUGCCAAUUUCGCAGGCUAUUUUCCGGGGGUGCUAACAUUUUGGCAUGGCUUUUUCUUUGUGACGUUCACCCUACAGCUGCUAUGCCUUCAACUUUUUGACUUGUGAUCUCUUUCCAUUUGUAGUUUUCCUGUGGUCCCAGUUUCUGGGAUUGCUGUGAAGUCGAGGGGAAUAACGCCCUGACAGGCAUAUGCUUUUAUUCAGGCUGAAAAGGCCAGGGACGGACACGACUGCAUUGAGAUACGCUUUAAUAAUAUUGCCAUAAAUGUAACAUCAAAACAUAUCAGUUUAUGGGCAGUGACUUAAAUCCCAUCUUCAUAUUUUUAAGCAGAUCUAGAGGGUUUUUUAAAAUGAGUUUGUAAUUUCCGAUUAUAUUUAAAUGGAAUGUGUAAAGAGCAGACUCCAUGUAUCCAGUGUGAAAUGUUUACUGUGGGAAUGUGUUGAGAACACUAGCAGCUGAACCGCAGAAUGCCUCAGGUGGGAGGCAUCAUUCACGUUCCUUCUUCCAGGGAAAAACAACAAAGUGCAACUGUUGCCAAUGUAUCUUAUAGGUGUAAUCCUUUCCAUAUUCAUAUAGUUCUGACCAUACAAUAGCAUGUUCUAGUUCAGCAGACCUCUCUAAACAGCACUAAGCCACCCGUUUAUUAAAUGGGUCAAUAAAACCAAGUCCUCAAAGUUUCAAUAAAAUGAGUAAUAGCCCCACCUUCUACACACAGAAACUGCUUUAGAAAAAUGCAAGUGAGUAACAAACACCCUUCUCUCUGGGGGGACUGGGGCAGGUGCCAUUUAACUUUCGUGGACAGUGUAUGGGAGCAGAAUUUGUCACCUUGUGUAGGGGCUCACAGAGCUGAAGCACCACAGACCUUGCUAUUCUUGCAUUUUACAGCAUGACAACACGCAGCUCCUCUUCUGUACAGGAAAAUCCAUCUGUAUUGCACUGUGCUGUCAUGCCUGCAAAUACCAGCCCUCGGUCAGUGCUGCUCCACUCAGGGGCAGCUUGGUCCUGCAGGAGCCAGCAAAAUCCUUGGCUUUAAGGAGAGCAUGUAAAUAAGGCUAUGGCACUUAUGGAGCCAUCCAUGCACUUGGCAAAAGGCAUGCAGCACAUCUUGGCUUAGAUUCCGACAGCUGCAAAGUAGUUCAAGGUAUCAAAUAGGAACACAAUAAAUCAAGUUAAAUUGCUGUGUGAAGACAGUUAAUUUUAAUAGGGUUAUACCCAGAACUAAUUUGUUACAUUCAUUAAUGGGUCUGUUGCAGUAGAGUGACAGUGAAGACCUUUUUUAAGAGGCUGUGGGUUUAUUUGGUUUUUGCAGGGGAAUACAGCAGAGGAGGAGGAAAUAGCAGGUUUUACCAAAGGAAACAAUGAGUACAUUUCAUCAGAAAAGUUACCCUGAAGAUUCUAAGAGAGCUAGAAGAAAAAUAUAAGGGAAUAUUUACAAAACUGACUUGAGCCUGGAGAAGUUGAUCCCCCUGAGGUUGUUCAGCUGAGGGCUGCAGGGGGAAGGAGGGGGGCAGAGGACAGUUUGGGGCAGCUCUUUCUGGAUCAUUCCCUGGAGGAAACUUUCUCUCUCCAUGGGUGAAGGGGGUCAGAAUCUGAAUAACCUCUGUAGCACUGUAAAUUGGAAAAAAAACCCAACUACUGAAAUCUGUAAAAAAUAAAAAUUGCCUUUUUUUGCAGAUGAUAA